CCCGGUGAAAGACGGCAGAGAGCCUGCAGUGAGCCAGUUAGUGCCGUUAAUGACCGGGGCGUUGUGUCGUAUGCAGGUCCCCUCGCCUGUUCGGCAUUGACAUGGCUGAAUAUAGCCACACGGGUAUAUUGACGGCUCUUUUGCUGUUCACGGCGGUGACGGUGAGAGAUAUUUACUUGGGCCGGACUGCCACUGAGCAGCUGGAGAAGCAGGCCGCGAAGAGCAGCAUGGCGUCCAGCGGCUUCCCAGAGCCGGAGAGCAGCACCCAGAGGCAGAGCAAGCCGAAAUUUUACACAGGACCGGCACUGAAGUUCCAGUACUGUAUUUCCUGAGGGUACAGUAAGGUGUUCCAGGAGUACUCCCGGUCUAUCAGCCAGCUGUACCCGGACAUCCGAAUUGAGGGAGAAAAUUACCCUCCCAAACUCAUCAACAAAUACAUCGCAAAUUUUGUUUCCUACUUUAAACUGCUUGCCAUUGCCCUGAUUGUCACUGGACAAAAUCCUUUCCAAAUGCUUGGAACAGACACACCAAGAGUCUGGUCCUGGGGUCAAGAAAACAAGAUAUUCUCAUGUCUCAUGGUGUUCUUUCUCAGUAACAUGUUGGAGACCCAGUUCCUGUCUACAGGAGCAUUUGAAAUAACAUUAAAUGAUGUCCCCAUUUGGUCAAAGCUGCAGUCCGGGUAUGUACCAAACAUUCAGGAGCUCUUCCACAUUCUGGACAACCACCUCAAGAUGAAUCAGGUCGAAAACCUUAAAUUCGCCACACCGUAGGGCUGCUGUUCAAGCCAAGAGAGAGGUGUCUGGAGCUGUUUUUCUGGACAGAGGGACAGUGGACCGUGGCUUAAUGAAGGCCUGCACUGCAAACAGCUUGCUGUGGGUGCAGACUGGAUGUUCCUGCCACCACACACACUUCCUCUGACCAGCGACACACUCCUCCAGACUGACUUCAUCUCUACUGGGCAGUGUGCUUAUAUACAUCUAUUGUGUGGAAGUCAUUUAUGAGUUGGACACACUAAACUUUAUUUUCAGAUUGCUGAAGCUAGAUACAUAAGCAGAUAUGACCAAAUAGGUUGCGGCAGGAAAGUUUCAUAAAAUGUCUCGCAUUUGUGUGUAAAUGUUUGAAUGAUAAUAGAUAUGUUUUUGUGCAACUGCUGUAAAACUGUAACUAUCUAUACAGGUUCUUUUCCAUAUAUACAAAUUUAAUGUGCUGAAAAACUUCUUCAGGGUAAGGGAAAUGUUUGUGCACUUUGUUUACUGAAAACUCCACUUUGGUUUAAAUCUACUAUUUAAUUACAUGUCCCUUUAGCAGAGCUGACAAGGAAUGCUUUUAGAUGGGAAACGUGCUAUCUGUUUAAAACCACAGGUUCAUUCUCCCUCUUAAUCCUUCAGGCCUUUUGUAGCAAUGUUAAGCUGCCUGUUUAGAAAGGUUGUCAGAGUAACCACUGUUUUAAUCAGAAUACUAGUACACCUCACAUGUCAGAAAUAAUUGUGAUCCUGUUUGUGAAAACCCAGCUAGUCUUUUUUUAAUGUGAAUCACUGUUUUCUACAUUAAAUCAUUCUGCAUAUGAUUUCAUGCACUGAACAGUGAAUCAAAUGGAAUUUUCACGGACAGUGUCACAAAUGGUACUCCUCAUUUCCAACCUCUUGUGUUAUUUUUU